AUGGAGGAAGAGGAAGAGAGAGCAAGCGAGAUUUACACACCACUCGCCCUGACGGAAAUCGAAGCCAGGCAAUGUUUGCAUACUAUGGAACAUUUCCCCCUUUAUAAAGGUCUGGACGUUUCGAAUAAAAAUCUGACGCAUGUGAGCGUGAUACCUAGGUCCUUCAUGUAUGUUCGUCGCGUGAAUGUAUCGGGGAACAGAUUGACAUCAGAGGCAUUGCGAGUACUCGAAUGUAUGGAUCUAUUCGAGUUACUGGCGGAUAAAAACCAGUUGAUUAGCGCGGAAUUAAGGCCGAUGAAAUAUCUACAGACGCUCACCAUGAACGAGAACAGACUGACAUAUGCUGGUACAUCUGUCAUUUCACAUAAACUACUCAAGGUUCUGGAGCUAAAGAACAAUCUUAUCAGCACCAUCGACUUUGAUAAAGAUAAGAUACUUUCGAACUUAUUAACCUUGGAAUUACGCGGCAAUGCGCUAACUACUACGGCAAAGAUACAUUGUCCCACACUGACACAUCUUUUCCUGGCCAAGAAUCAGAUCGAAAAGAUCGAAACUCUUAGAGAACUCCCGAACUUGAUGGUACUACACUUGCGAAGCAACCAGCUCGCGAAUCUGGACGGUUUCUCUAAUCAAUGUCUGCAAUUAAAUUACAUAAAUCUGCGCGAUAACAAGAUCUCGAAUAUUUCAGAAUUGGCGAAGCUAAGCUGUUUACGAUGCCUACAAACGCUUAUUAUUCUAGAGAAUCCCUUUUUACGAAAAAUUCGAGAAGAUGAAGAGGGAAAAAAAUACAGACGUAUUGUUUUGAUGAUGAUUCCGAAUUUAAUCAAGAUAGAUAAGAUUUUUGUGGAGAAACGAGAGAGAGAUCAAGCAAAGGAAUUGCUUAGAAUAAUCCAGAAAACAGAAUACGGCUUUACGGAUUACGAUGUGGCAAAUUUUGAUUUUUAA